AUGGAGGUGGAUGGGGAGGAGGGUGAAAGGGGAGGAGGGGGAUAUGAUGAUUACCAUGGAGGUGGAUGGGGAGGAGGGGGAUAUGAUGAUUACUACGAAGGUGGAUGGGGAGGAGGGGGAUAUGAUGAUUACUAUGGAGGUGAAAGGGGAGGAGGGGGAUAUGAUGAUUACUACGAAGGUGGAUGGGGAGGAGGGGGAUAUGAUGAUUACCAUGGAGGUGGAAGGGGAGGAGGGGGAUAUGAUGAUUACCAUGGAGGUGGAAGGGGAGGAGGGGGAUAUGAUGAUUACCAUGGAGGUGGAAGGGGAGGAGGGGGAUAUGAUGAUUACCAUGGAGGUGAAAAGGGAGGAGGGGGAUAUGAUGAUUACCAUGGAGGUGGGAGGGGAGGAGAGGGAUAUGAUGAUUACCAUGGAGGUGGAAGGGGAGGAGGGGGAUAUGAUGAUUACCAUGGAGGUGAAAGGGGAGGAGGGGGAUAUGAUGAUUACCAUGGAGGUGAAAGGGGAGGAGGGGGAUAUGAUGAUUACCAUGGAGGUGAAAGGGGAGGAGGGGGAUAUGAUGAUUACCAUGGAGGUGGGAGGGGAGGAGGGAGAUAUGAUGAUUACCAUGGGGGUGGAAGGGGAGGAGGGGGAUAUGAUGAUGAUUACCAUGGAGGUGAAAGGGGAGGAGAGGGAUAUGAUGAUUCCCAUGGAGGUGGAUGGGGAGGAGGGGGAUAUGAUGAUUACCAUGGAGGUGGAAGGGGAGGAGGGGGAUAUGAUGAUUACUAUGAAGGUGGAUGGGGAGGAGGGGGAUAUGAUGAUUACUAUGAAGGUGGAUGGGGAGGAGGGGGAUAUGAUGAUUACCAUGGAGGUGGAAGGGGAGGAGGGGGAUAUGAUGAUUACUAUGAAGGUGGAUGGGGAGGAGGGGGAUAUGAUGAUUACUAUGAAGGUGGAUGGGGAGGAGGGGGAUAUGAUGAUUACUACGAAGGUGGAUGGGGAGGAGGGGGAUAUGAUAAUUACCAUUGA